GUGGUUAAAAUUCUAGUACAUUCUUCUUACUGAGGAACCGUACAGGGACAGUGAAGAAGGAUUUGUUAAUUUAUGUUUCCUUGUAAUGUUAUACCACACAAACUACUGAUCUAUAGAUCUUGAUUUAACAACAUAGGGAUUAUGUACCAUAUGAAUUGAAUAUUCUAAGUGUCUUCAGAAAAGUUACUUCAACAAAGUUAGACCAGUUUUUAACUACCUAACUAGAAUGAGUUUCUAUAAUAUUUAAACUUAUUAAAUGUUAAUUUGUUUUCCUUUUAGCUCUACUUUUAUCCUGGAAUAACUGGUUGCUUCAAUAUAUUGGGUCACUGUUUGGCCGACUCGGGAGAUGUGAUCCUGUCUCCUACACCAGUAUGUGGACGAAUACCUUUAGACUUUGGGCAGUUGUCCUCAGUAGAUAUAUGGCCAAUUCCACUAACCAGCACUAUAGAAGGAGGAGAACAUCAUCUGUUUCAACUGACAUUACAAAAGAUUGAAGAUGGAUAUCAAAGAGCUUUAGAAGCUGGUAAGAAUGUACGAGGAAUGAUUCUGCUAAACCCCCAUGACCCACUUGGACAAGUUUACGGUCCUGCGUUGAUUUCAGAUAUUCUUCAUUUUUGUUGUAGGAAAAAAAUCCAUAUCAUUGUGGAUGAAGUUUAUAUGUUUUCAGUUUUUGAUGAAAAUGUAAGAUUCCAAAGUGUCCUGAGUUUGGCUAUCCCCGAUCCAGAGAGAACUCAUAUCUUGUUUGGUCUGACUGAGGUUCUUGGAUUAGCAAGCUUUCGCAUAGGCAUGAUUCAUACACGUAACAAACUCUUGCAGAGAUGUUUGGAGGAGAUGGCCCUGUUUUUUAGCAUACCUUCUCCAAUUAUGAGUAAAAGUGCUUACCUUUUGGAAGAUUUGGGAUGGUGUGAAAAAUUCUUUAAGCUUAGCUGCUCACGGCUGGCCAAGUCUUUUCAUUACUGUAAGAAGAGAUUGGAGAAAAUGGGACUUUCUGUAUAUGACUCUGUAGCAGGCUUUUCCUUGUGGGUUGACUUCAGACAGUAUUGUGAGCCAUUGACGUUUGACGGAGAAAGGCUUAUGUUUGAGAAAAGUUUGCACGAAGCCAAGCUAUAUAUAGCCCCUGGUGAAUCAUUACAUUGCUCUGAACCUGGAUGGUUUAUUAUUAUUUUUAGCAUUAACCCUGAACAUAUGGAAGAAGCUCUAGAUAGACUGGAUACUUUCUUAAAAGACCUUCACAGAAGUAGUCAAGGAGAUGAAACUUCUUCCAAAAUUCUGUGUGAGGAUAAUAAGGGUAUUGAAAAGGAUCAACGAGCCAGCCAGUCAUCACUAGAAGAAUUGGUUGCAUUACUUAAGAGACAAAUAGACACAUCUGAUUGGCUGUCUCACAAUACUGCUGACCAGUGGAGAGCUGACAAUCCUGAUGGUGCUGAAGCAUUUGAGAAAGAGCAAAGAAAACAUGAAAUGAACAAAUCAAAGUAAAUGAUCUUGUCCCCGUGAGAAGUUGGCCCUAGUUGAAAUGUUUCUAUAUUUUGUCGGUGAACAACCAAACUUUGAUGGAAUUUUUGAACUGAAUUAGGACGCCAUAUUAUAUUUCUAUUUCGUCAAGCUGAAAAAGAUACAAGCUUCUCCUGGAACAUGUUUUACAAUUUUAAUUAAUUGUUUUUUGUAGCAGUUGGAGACUAGUAUAUACACUGAUGUGCUAUUAUUGUUUGUAAGUGGAUAAUUAUUUCUAGUAAACACAUGAAAUAUAUGUAUUCUAUAGAUCUGUAUGUUACACAUUGAUCAUAUUAUAUUUUUCAGUCAAUAAAUAAAUUUGUUGCAUUUCUACCCAA